AUGUCCUAUUCGUGGAGUACCUUAUACUAUAAAGAGGAUAUUAAAAAUCUGCUAGUCAAACUGACUAUUACUCUUAAAAAUAAAUAUAAUAAUAAGAAAAUAGAAGAAGAUAUGUUGAGAAAAGCCGUACUAUACUCUUCUGCUUAUGUUGCCAGUUGCAGUGUCGCUUUAUUUUUUUACGCCUUUGAUGCUGUUGUGCAAGUUCUAAAAUCAGGCGGGACAUUCACAACUGUCGUUGUAGCUUGGCCUGACGUGGCAGAGAUAGGCUUAUUACCAGACACAGUCAGAAUAAUAGCUUACGCGAUGUGGUGGUACUUUAUGAUCAGGGCAUCCGCUGUCUAUGUUCUUGUGAUUUCACUUACCAUCUUAUUGAGUCACCAAUACAAGAUCUUACAAGACUAUUUCUAUAGUCUAGAAAAUAUUUUCAAGGCGGAUGUUAAAUUGGAAGAAAAAGAAAAUGACUAUGAAAAUGCCUUAAAAUUUGGAAUAUCAAUUCAUGCUGAAACAAUGUGGUGUGUAAAAGAAUGUCAAAAAGUAUGCAACUGGGUGUUUAGUGGCCAAAUAGGCAUAAAUUUUACAGUUUUCUGCAUGCUGAUGCUUCAAAUGGUGAAUUCAGAGCGCACAUUUAUGAGUGUUCUAGCUACUCUAUCUACUGGCCUUGCCCUACUUACGACCACCGGUUUUUUCAUGUGCAAUGCUGGUGAUAUAACAGUUGAGGCAGGACUGUUGCCGAGGGCAAUAUUUUCUUCUGGCUGGCAGAACUGUCGUGGUGAUGCCGCAAUACGCGUUAGAAAGCUGAUUACUCUUGCCAUCGCACAAAGCCAGGUUUGA